AUGCUGCUGCGCAGUCUGACGGACUGUGUGCGUGCCGUGCAUCCCCGCUCCCGGCCUUCGGGGACAUGGAGGGGCAUGCAGAGGCGACUGCAUGGUGCCCAAUCGGCCUCAUUCAGCGGCCAGGAGGCCGCUCCGCCCGGGCCGCGCCCAGCGCAGCCCAGCGUGCCGUCCAGCGCCACCCCCCUCCCGGACAUCCUGGCCAGCCUCCAGUCCGGCAUCGACUUCGAGCGCGCCCGCGGCUUCGUGAAUGCGCAGGGCAGACGCCGCGUGUUCAGCGACUUCCUGCACGACUCCCUGCUCCAGCUGGCGGCCCGGGUCGAGCAGGAGAGCCCGCGUCGGCGACUGCGGGCUGCCCUGGCCCCGGCCCGGCGCUACGGCGACCUGAACGAGGGCAUGCGAAGGCUGGCCCUGCAGGAGCUGGUGGAGGUGCUGCAGGAGGUCGCCCAGCCCCCGGCGACAAGCGCGGCGUCCGAUUCCGCAGCGCCAGCACCGGCAGGGAGCGAGGCCGCCGUGCCAGUUCCACUUGCGGCCGAGCCCAGGCACCCGUCGCCAGAGACCCGGGCCCCAAACGAUGCACGGCCGCGCCCUGGCGCCACCGAUGUGGCCCCAGCCGCCCAAUCGCAGCACUGGCACCCCGCAGAUGCUGGGAGGGGGGAGUACACCGACACCGCCGGGUUCGUGCUGGACCUGGAAACAACCGGCGUCAGUGUAUACAAAGACUGUGUGGCGGAGAUAGCCCUCUUGUGCCUCAGCACCGGUCGCCAGCUGUCCACCCUCGUGCGGCUGCCGGCAGGCACUAACAUGUCGAGACAGGCCGAAGCCGUCAACAACCUGAGCAACGCGAUGCUGAGCGCCCCGGGCGUGCCCACCUUUGAGGAGGCCUAUGCCCAAGUAGUGGAGUUCAUUCAAGUGCAGACUGCCGCACUGGGGCCAGGCGCCAUCCCCCUCAUCUGUGGCCACAGGGUGGCCGACUUUGACCUGUUGCUGCUGGCAAACCAGGCUCGCCGCUCGGGCCUGGCGCCGCUGGAACGUAUUCUCAUUCUGGACACCCUGAAGCUGGCAAACGUGCUGCGGCCUCCCAAGCUGGACAAUCUCAAGCUGGGGACGCUGUACACACACUUCACCGGCAAGGAUCCGGAGAACGCGCACCGGGCGAUGCAGGAUGUGCUGGCCAACAGGGAUGUACUGCAGGGCCUGCUGCAGUACGCCGACGCAUGGCAAGGCGAGCGGCGGUCGUUCGCCAGGCUGCACGACCUGCCGCUCAGCCUGGCGAGGGAGGUGCUGACCUGGCCGGCCGCCGCAAGCGACAGCCAGCCCAAGAGGAGCCGCCGUCCCGGCGGCGCUGCCCCCUCCACCCCCGCCGCGCCGGCUCGCCAGGGCUUGCAGGCCUUUGGCGGCGGGGGUGCAGCGCAAUGCAGCCUCCUCGGCGGCGAUCCCAGCAUCCGGGCCCCGGGCCGGCCCGACACUGAUCUCGCGUCGGCGCUGGAUGGCGUGCGGCGCGCUCAGUCUGGCGAGGGGCACCUAGGCGUAGCCUCGACACCCCCGCCAAUGGCGGGCAUGGACCUGUGGCGCGCCGCCCUGGCCAGUGCCGACGCCGCGCCGUGCUUUCUCGACACUCCGCUGGCCGGCAUCCGAGCGCCGCACAAGUUCACCCCGCGCCAGCUCAUGGCUCUGGAGCAGGCGGGCCUGCACACGCUGCGUGACCUGGUGGAGUGCUACCCCCGCGACUUCACGGUGUGCGAGUUUGGCAGGCUCCCCGAGCCGGGCGUGGAUGGGGAGCAGCCCAUCUGCCUGCCCGCGCGCCUCGCCUCCGUCACGCACAAGCCGCUAAGGAGCGCCGCGGUGCUGGAGGCGGUCUAUGAACCCGACCUGGACCUCUGCGGUCCCGCAGCAACAGCACUUACCGAGGGCGGGGACCCAACGCGCCAGCCCCGCAUCCUGCUGCAGAAGUGGCGGGGCGGCCCCGCUGCGCGCUUUCUUUACCACGAGCUGAGAGAGCUGCGGGGCUUAGUGGGCCACGGGGCGGUGCUGGUGGGCGUGGUGCAGCCCAGCGGCAGCUGGAAGGCCGGGAAGCGCGACGAAUGGUCCCUCACCGAGCAGGGGCACCAGGUGCUGGCGGGCGGUGAGGAGAGCGUGGCGGAGCUGCGCAUGCGGGGCGGGCUGGUGCAGGCCACCUACAGCGCGCGGGGCAGCCUCAAGUCCAACGCCAUGGCGGCGGCGGCGGCCAAGGCCCUCAAGACCCUGGAGGCCGCAGAGGCAAAGUGGGAGGAUCCGCUGCCGGAGGGAGUAAGGAGGAGCCAGGGCCCAGGCUCCCUGCCCUACCUCGAGGCCCUCAAGGGCAUCCAUUGUCCACGAAGCGAGGCAGACAUCGCCGCAGCGCGGGAGCGCCUGGCCUUCCAGGAGCUCUUCAUGCUGCAGCUCAACCUACUCCUCCAGAGGUCCCUGCUCAGGGAGGCGGCCUACGAUCCCCAGGGCGCGCUGCUGGCGGUGGCCACCCAGGACCACGAUCUGGUGGCGCUGGCGCAGCGGGCGCUGCCAUACCGCCUGACUGCGGGCCAGUGCGCGGCGCUGGCCCAGAUUCAGGCGGAGAUGGGCGAGGGGCGCGGCCGGCCCAUGGCCAGCCUGCUCCAGGGGGACGUUGGCUGCGGCAAGACCAUCGUGGCCUUUCUGGCCGCACUGGGCGUGGCGGGGGCGGGGUACCAGGUGGCUCUCAUGGCGCCCACUGAGGUGCUGGCGGAGCAGCACGCGCGCGGGUUGGCCGCGCUCCUCGCCCGCGUCAACCGCCGCGCCAGCGAGGAGGGCCUGACCGGGCUGGCCCUGCCCGGGCUGGCGCUGGGCACCGCCUUUGCGCGCCUGGGCCUGGUAGUAAUCGACGAGCAGCACCGCUUCGGCGUCGCGCAGCGCGGGCGGCUGGCCGGUAAGGCGCGGCCGCCGCCCCACGUCCUGUCCAUGAGCGCCACGCCCAUCCCGCGCUCCCUGGCCCUGCUCAUGCACGGCGACCUGAGCCACGUGGUCAUCCGCGAGCAGCCGCCGGGCCGGGGGCCGGUAGCGACGCGGGUGCUGGACUCGCGUGAUGAGGCCGCACGCCGGCAGGUCUACCAGCACAUCCUGGAGGAGGUGGAGGCGGGGGGCCAGGCGUACAUCAUCUGCCCCCUGGUGGAGGAAAGCGCGGCGCCGGGCUUCGACGAUCUCAGGGCCGUGACGGAGGAGCACGCGAGGCUGACGCGGGAGGGGGUGCUGCCGGGGCACCUGUGCGGCCUCCUGCACGGCCGAAUGACCGGCGAGGAGAAGGAGGCGGCGCUCUCCGCCUUCUCCUCCGGCCGGGUCCCGGUCCUGCUUUCCACCACGGUGGUGGAGGUGGGCGUGGACGUCCCCGCCGCCUCGGUCAUGGUGGUGGAGGCCGCGGAGCGCUUCGGCCUGGCCCAGCUGCACCAGCUGAGGGGCCGGGUGGGCCGCGGUGCGCGCCCCGCCACCUGCUACCUCCUGGCCUCCACUGCGGCGGCGCGCGACAAGCUGGCGGUGCUGGCCUCCGCGCGCGACGGCUUCGAGGUCGCGGAGCUGGACUUUCAGGCGCGGGGCGCCGGAGACCUACUGGGGCGGCGCCAGAGCGGGCAGAGCCGCAUGCUGGGCUCCAGCCUCAAGGCGUGCUCGCUGCCGCGCGAUGCCGCUCUCUUAGAGCAGGCGAGGGCAGCGGCCGCCACCUUCUUGCACGCCAACCCCAACCCUCUGGACUGGCCUCCAGACCUGCUGGGUCCUGUGCUGCGGCACCAGUUCCUGGACCUGGACCUGCAUGAGAUGCCCAGCAGUUCUCUUGGGGGAGCGGCGGGGGGUGGCGCGGCCGACUGA